GCCAAUGGCGAAAAAGCAAAGUAAGCUCCUACAGGUUAGGUUGCUCACAUGACCGAUUCUUGUAUGCGGGCAGCCUAGCAUAACCGCUGGAAAGACGGGAACAUGGCUCCUCCCGAACGAAACCACCUCGAUUCGUUGCUGGAGACUGCUGCACGACCUUCAGGGUGGGGCGAUUUGCAGCCCUGUGAUUCGAGGCGCUUGCCAACUCCCCACAUGCUACUGUCGUCGUCGAAGCAGGAUCUGAUGGUCUGGAUGCGUUGCCAGCAAAGCAUGCAUUUCAGAGCGCUUGGAGACGCCAAUCGGCCUCCUAAAGCGUCAUCCGGGUCAUACCACCGCCGUGCACUUGGGAUGGCGUUAUACAGAUCGCUCCAAGAGAAGUGUCCAGUGACGACACACCGAGCACAAUGGCCCCAAGAAGGGCUGAAACGUGGGUCAUCGCGUGUCUCUGUGUACGAUUGAUGCUAUCAAGGCGCGGUUGUCCGCAGCGAUCCUCUAGCCCUGUGCAUGGCGACAAGGGGGAGUCGGCUGCGUUGUCACUAAUCGUCUGCAUAUAACAACCAUGUCGCUGCCCGAGUAUCCGUCAUUAAUAUCCCUCAUCCCCGCGUCCCAAGUCGCCUCGACCACCCUACCUGCGAGUAAGCCCGCCGCACAGCGACCAUGUCAUGCAAUCCGACUGCCAGCGGCCAUUUCUACAACUGUCGCUCGGCU